UAUUAGCUGAUAUAAUUUACAUAUUGGUAUGAUAGUGUAGUUUACUUGGUAACUAUUGUCUGAAUGUUUCAUGAACUGUUUUGAAAAUUGUAUGUAUUAUUAAAAUUGUAUUUUUAUUGGUAUUACAAUUAAAUUUUAUUUAUUUAUUUUUUGCAGUGCUGGGGAUUGAGUGCAGGACCUCAAGCAUGGUAGGCAAAUGAGAAGAAAAAACUGGAUCACUUACCAGUAACUGGAGUUCUCCUAUUGGGUAAUCUCCACAGAUCCACAUUCUUUGAAGUUAUUGUGAAUGCCUCGAGGACCAAGGAAGCGUUGAAAUUUCCAAAUUCAGGAAGUUCCAGUGGAUGCCCAUCAGGAAGAUUCUCAUGCUGCACAGAAGGGCAAGAGAGGUGGAUCUGUGAGGGAAAAGACCCAAUAGGAUAACUCAAGUUACUGUGAGCCUCAUGUGCAAAAGUUAAAGGAACAAGAAUAACCAAGAUACUUACAGAAGAAGAAGAACAAUGAGGAGGAACUUGGCAGGCCUCAAGGUGGAUGGCAUCACAGUGGUGGGAGCAUGUGCAGAAGAGAUCACAUGGAAACCUCGACCUGUCUCCCAGUUGGUUGCACAGCAGGUUACUCAGCAGUUUGUGCCCCCUACACAAUCAAAGAAAGAGAAAAAAGAUAAAGUAGAAAAAGAAAAAAGUGAAAAGGAAACAACUAGCAAAAAGAACAGUCAUAAGAAAACCAGGCCAAGAUUAAAAAAUGUGGAUCGGAGUAGUGCUCAGCAUUUGGAAGUUACCGUUGGAGAUCUAACAGUCAUUAUUACAGACUUUAAGGAGAAAACAAAGUCACCGCCUGCAUGUAGUGCUGCUUCUGCAGAUCAACACAGUCAGAGCGGCUCCAGCUCUGAUAACACAGAGAGAGGAAUGUCCAGAUCAUCUUCCCCCAGAGGAGAAGCCUCAUCAUUGAAUGGAGAAUCUCAUUAAAGAUGAUUUUCUUCAGUUUCUUAGUCACUUCUCUCCUACCAUGCAGAUAUACAGAUUAUGCCAACAAAUACCACAUUUUCAUGACAAACACAUCUGUGCACAAUCCAUAAUUUGAGUUUUACGUAAGGUAAAAAUCUGUCAGAAUUUAUUAGAUUUUAUUGCAGUUUAUGCCUACCAAACAGAUUUAACAUUUUGGUCUCUGAAGUUACGUGCCAUGAAAAUGUGGUUGAAUUAUUCAUUACGCAGUGUUAUUGGUAAGUCUAUUUUCACUUUUAGUUUAGUGAAUUCUAACACAUAAUUCUUGAAUUCUCUACUAUUGGCAUGUAACAAGUUUAAAUUUUUUGUUACAUAGUGCAAGCUGCCUAAAUAUGUAUUAUUUGAGAAUUGUGAAACAAAUAGUUAUAUGUAUACAAGUCAAAGAUCAACUUAAUCAACUAUUGCUGCAACAGGAUUUUCAUAAUGGUUAUCCUCUUAAAUACACCUGCUGGUACUUGGUGUGGUUAAAUAGAAAAGUUGUUAUUAAAUAAAGAAUUUGUAUGAACAUUUUCCAAUGUUUUUGACACAUUUCACUAAAUUAUUGUUUCUGAUUUUAUCCAUUUUUGCUUGUUUGCUUAUUUUUCAAAACAUUCAUUUAUUGUAAUGUUUGCUAGAAGACUAGUAAACAAUAAAACAUUGAUUACUUAGCUUUUAAUUCAGGUUUAGUGCUAUUGUCUUUGAACACUGGUAUUUUCUGUAUUAUAUAAAACAUUAAAAUUCAAAUAAUUAUAAUCACUUGGCAAAAAUAGAAAAGAAACUUGCCAUAUUUUAAAAGCUGCAAUUUUGGAAAAGCUUUAACGUAAAUAAUAGUUUUAUCACUGUUUCCUUGUUCUAAACUUAUCCAGGGUCAUAGACUUAUGAGUCUAAUUAAUACAGAAAUGGGAACUGUUGCUCAGAACUUGGAAAUAACUAAUCUUAAGUCAGUUUAAUUGGCCUCUAAGUACAACAAUUCUUAUGAAAACCAUAGUACCCUGUUUUCACACACACUGCCAAUUUAUGCAUUUAUCCAUAUUCGGAAAUAAAGUAUUUACAGCCCCGCUCACUAAUAUGUACAAUUACCAAUAAAAUAUUUUUAUGACUACAGAUUUUGCAUUUUUGUUUACAAUUAAAAUGUGUUAUGUUGUAUUUAAAAAUCCAACUUGGAACCACACAGUAAUUCUUAAAUUCUCCUGGGGUCUCCUGCUUUCUGUUUGCUUAGUAUGUAUCCACCCAUAGGAGACUUUUGAAAUGUAAAUCAAUUUGAAAAGGUAUCUUGGAUACAAAAUAGCACAUAAAAGACAUCAUGAUAUCAUUUGAAGAAAAAAAAGACUGUAGACCCUGACACUUGUAUUUGGUGGUUUCUUGUGAUAAUGUAAUUUCUGUUUAAUUGCAGUACUUUUUACGGGCGCAGUGGUACUGUCUUUUGUUAGAUGCUAGUUGUGAAAUACAGUUAAUUGCAUACAGUAAAAGUCUGUGAUUAAAACAUUCAUAUACCUCAUCCUUUAGUGUUGUUAAAUGAAAAAUCAAAAUUUGUGUUUACUAUAAGAUACUUUUAAUAGGAUACCAAGUAACUGGUUAUGUUCUUUUUAAAACAUGAUUUUUUUUUGGUCUUUACCUCUGUUUUUCAUGUUUCAAAUAUUUUAUAUAUUCAUUUGAGGGGAACUGCAAGAAUUAAAAAUAACUGUAAUAGGGAAAUAUUCCAGUUCUUAAAUCAAACUGUGGUGUUAAGGCAUUACAUCAUAAUCAAGUAUUUUCAGGAUGUAUUUUAAAUGGACUGUAGGAGAAAAAAAUCUCACAGAAGAUGGGAUUUUACUUGAGUAGGGCAUAGGUGGGAAGAUAGUAUGACACAGAGAUUUCAGAGUGCUAACUGAAACCUUGUGUUUGAAUCUCUUAUAAACCUCAAGCCUGAGCACAUAAAUUAACUCAAACCCAUUUCCCAUCUAUAAAACAGGGAUAAUGAUGGUCAUAUCUUAGCUCAUAGGGUUAGGGGAAGGAUUAAAUGUCAAUCUUAAUGUCAGUUCCUAACACUUACCUGACACAUACUGGUUGUUUAGUAAAUGUGAGCCUUUACUGUCAUUAUAGGUAAAAUCUCAUUACAAAAAUACAAAAAACUUUCUGUAACAAAAUAAUUUCUAUGCCCUCUUGGGUAACGUAAAAGAGUAGGUUACACAGAUGUUUGCUUUGGUCCCACAAAGAACAUUUUUGCUUUAUUAAUGAACCUGAUGGCGUACACUAUGAGGCUGUAGAAAUGAACUGAGUUGCCUAGUUUGAAAUUUUGUUUUCCUUUUAUUAAUCACAAUUAUCUUCACCUGCCUUCAUUUCACUCUACCUCAAAUAUACUUCCACACCAGGAAAACAUGCAAAUUCUGUAAAUAUUUGCACCUCAUGUUAAAAUAUGCAAAAUGAUUCAGAGCCUCAGCUUGGGCUACAUUUUUAGCUCUGUUUCAUGAUUUUACCAUGUGGUUUUUAGU